CUUUAUGUAAUCACGGAGAAUUUGGAGGAUCAUACGAAUAUAAAAAGUGUGGACCACGCAAAACUAGACAAUACGAUUAUAGAGAAAGCAACGAUUAUAGAGAAUGUAAUAUUGGAUGCAGUAGAGGAAUAUUUAGAUUUCGAUAUAGUAUAUAAUGAAUAUGUUAAGAAACAUAAUAAAAUAGUUGCUGAACUAUUAAAGCCAUCUGCUAAUUUAUCAGAACUUCCAAAAGUUGUAGUUGUUAUACCGGAUAUGAAGACAGGGUAUGGAAACCGUCUUCCUGGAAUAGUUUGUGGUUUUUUAUAUUCAUUAAUUACCGAUAGGCUAUUUUUUAUUUGGGGAUAUCAUAAUUUUGAAGAUUAUUAUGAGAAAGAUUUCAAUCAUGAUUGGAACACUGUUAUAAACUUAUAUAAAAAUAGUACUUAUAGAUAUAUACAUUAUCUUAAUCAAUUUAAUGAUUUUCAAUUGGUGACGAGAGGAAAUCUUAGCACUGAGGAAAUAACUUCACACAAUAUUUUAUAUGUUUACACAUGGGAUUACGCAUGUGUUCCAAUAACGUCAAAUCCUCGUUAUAAGAAAUGGUUUGAUAAAAUAAUACCUGAUUAUAGAGUUUUUACAACAAUCAGUCUAAAAUUAUUAAGAUUACACCCAAACAUCAACCAAAAAGUAGAGACUUUUGCAGAUAAUAAUUUUGGUAAUUAUACCAUAGGAAUUCAUUUAAGAAAGAAAAAAGUAUUAGACGAUAUGAUAAUGCCUGUAGAGCAUUACAAGGAGGUAAUAAACAUGUUGGUGAUGGGGAUGAAAAACAUGAAUAUAUCUAUCUUUGUGGCUGCAGACAGUAAUGAUGGUCGCGAAGAAUUGAUAAAUUCAUUUCGUGAAGUAUUUAAUCCUCAUAGUAAUAAUUCUAUUAAGAUAGUUCAUACUGGAGAAAAUAUGGAUUUACGAAAUCCAGUUAGUUGGAACACUGGUUCAGAAGUAGGGGCUCUUAUAGAUAUAAAGCUACUUGGUUUAUGUGAUGACUUGGUGAUUACAUAUAGUUCUUCAUUUGGUUUUCUUGCAGCAGGAUGGUCUCAAAAAGCGUCACGUCUAAGAGGACCAUUUGUUGUAAUGCCUAUAAGUGAUUCAGAUGAUUUAUGGCUUGUAGAUAAAGUUUGGAUGUGGGGUGCUAUAUCAAAUGAGCCGUGUAUGUAUUUAAGCAAGGAGCUAAUGGAAAAUGAAGAUGAGGAAACUAUUGCAGUUUUUAAAACUAAUCCGUUAUGGAUGCAUUAUAGUCAGUGUCAUUGGCCUGGAUAG